UGGGAAGUCUCUCUUGAUGCAGAGCACAAAAGCCAGGUGAAACACCACUCUGCUACUCACCCUGUUUAGGUGGCGGGUCAGCUUCAGUGGUAGACAGCUGCUAGAAUGAAAAUGGGGUUGUUACAUACUGGGCUGCUGUUACUGCUGUUUUGUUCUGUCUAUAGCUAUCAGUUUAAAAGUCGAGCUGGGUAUGGGCUGUUUGUGCAAGAUCCCGAAUUAGAGUGGGGGAGAAUGGAGACAGUGAUAGGUGAAGAAAUGAGCCCAGCCCCUGCACCCAAAGCCAAAAUCUGGAAAAGUGCAUCAAAUAGUGGCUCUUCAACACCUGAAGCAAAGAAGUUUCCUGAGUAUGUGAGAGUUGAAUCCUCUAAGUACCCGAAAACGGCUUUCAAGCCAGAAAAGGGUGCCAGACCCCUCCCUGCCUGGGUCAAGGAAAUGUUACUUCCUCCUACUGUUGCUCCAAAAAGUGGAAUAGCAUCAGGAAAAGCAGCAGUCAGACCCAAGUUGAUUGAAAUCCUGUGUCAUGUUGACAGGAUGUAUGUAAGAAUUAGGAGAGAGAUCUUUAAAACAAAGACUGCGUAUAAAGAUUUGAAAUUAGGAAAAUGUCCUGUUAACCAAGGUACCAAAGUCCAUUACUACUUUCUGUACCUUCUAAAAACUGACUGUGGAUUCAAGAAAGAGAAUAAUGUAGAUUAUCUGUCCAUCAGUAAUACCCUCCACUACAAGCCAUCUAGUGUAAUUGUAAGGGAAAUUCCAUUUGACAUUCCUCUGCAGUGUAAAUUUCCCAGGAAUUUUCACUCCUACAAAAUUGGCUUUCAUCCCCAGCUGCAAGGAGGCACAGUUUACAAAGCACUACAACCCAAAAGUAGUGUAAGCCUUACUCCUCAGGACGCAUCAGGGAAUGAAAUCACAGGUUCCAAAACCUACACCUUGGGCCAGCCAAUGUACUUUGAGGCCAAGCGAUCUGACAAAACUUCCAAGUCUGGAGAUCAGAGGAUGUACAUCAACAAGUGCUUCAUGACUGCCAGCGAAAACCCCAACUCAAAUCUCAAAUAUACAGUCAUUGACAAAUAUGGCUGUAUGGUUGAUGGCAAGAUGACUGACCAGUCAAAGUUCCUCAGUGAUUCCUCAAAGAAGAUCCAGAAAUUCAGUGUGGGGGCUUUUGUUUUCAAGGACAAGCUUUCCUCCUCUUCAUCAUCACAGCAACUCUACAUGCACUGUGCAAUCUCUAUGGGGAAACUUACUCCAACUGCAAGUUCAAAAGCUUGUAAUUAUGAUCCAGCAACCAAAAAGUGGAAGGAGCUUUACGGUGAUGACUCAGUGUGCACCUGCUGUGAAUCGAGUUGCCCCUCAGGACAAUCCAAGGGUACGUUUCUACCUUUUUGUGUUUUACAUAUUAUGGGAAGUUAUGACAAAUCAAUUUGGAGGAAACGCAGGAGCUUUACACAUGAUUCUGAUUUUGGUGCACAGCUUAGCUUAAGCAUUGGUCAAUUCAAGAAGCAUUUAGUCAUGCACAUGCAAUACUGCAAGUCAAGUGCUUAUCAUGAUUUGACUCUUAGGCAAUCUUGCAGAAUAACACACAUUUCUCGAAGCUGCUCUUCAACAAAUCAAGGUUUGUUAUUUUAUCAUGUCCCAUUUCAAUAGCUUCUAGUAAUAUCGUCACCAGUCGCUCUUGGAAGGUCGGCUUGAGCGGCAAUGAUGGAUAUGCGGAUGUUGACCCACGGAUGAAACCAUUUGAUGCUGACACAUUCAGUUGGGAGGAUCCUGACAUGGCAGAGCACAGGGACUUCCUAAACUACUGGGAGCAUGAUUACUGAAAUAAAUCACGUGGAAAUGAUCAGAAUUUUAAAUAAAUUAACUUCUUUCUCUUGUA